AGUCGACUUGGAGUUGCGUCAGGUCGACUUGUUAAGCAACAAACAAAUGUGGUUGUAUCACCUUUCACAGGCAGCAUUUGAUGGCGCAAUAUCUCAGGUGUUUGGUACAUAUUUUCGGGUUGGCUAUCGUUUUUCUUUCACUGGGGGCAUGGGGCAUUGUUCUACGGAGAGUAUCGGCGACGGAUAUGCAUUUUGCUUCUUUGUUUAGGGGUCGGGGAGCUGUAUCAAAACACAAAAGGGUAGCUACUUUAAAUGCAGCAAGCUUCUGGUCUUCUGUCGCAGUAUUCGUUUUGCGAUUAUAUACCAAUGGGAUUUUGGCAAGCUGCUCUUUGAUCCAAGAAAGAUGUUUAUCGUUGUACAGCAUAUGUGCUUGUUCUUGGUAUCAAGUUGAAGAUAUAGAGGAGAUCCGCCAAGAGUAUGAUGUCAAAUGUAAAUAAUUUCCAGACAUACUUUUAUUGAGUCAGUUUUUCUUUCUUCUCUUAUGUCUUCUGCAAAAUGCUGUACUG